ACUUUGAACCAUGUUGACGGUUGACACUUUUCCCGCAUUCGAAAUCUGUUUUUGCUGGGUGUUACUGGUGAUAUAAAACGUUGUGUGAUUUUGAAUUGCAAAUUAUUCAAUAUGAGGGAAAUUGUUCAUAUUCAGGCCGGGCAAUGCGGCAACCAAAUUGGAGCUAAGUUCUGGGAGAUCAUAUCGGAUGAACAUGGCAUUGACCCAACGGGUUCAUACCAUGGGGAUUCAGAUUUACAACUGGAACGAGCUGAUGUAUACUACAACCUUGCAUCUGGUGGGAAAUAUGUCCCACGUGCGAUUUUGGUUGACUUGGAGCCAGGGACAAUGGAUUCUGUACGUUCAGGACCCUUUGGCCAGCUUUUUCGACCAGACAACUUUGUUUUCGGACAAAGUGGAGCUGGAAAUAACUGGGCGAAAGGCCAUUACACAGAAGGUGCCGAACUUGUAGAUUCAGUACUUGACGUGGUACGGAAAGAAGCCGAAAGCUGUGACUGUCUGCAAGGCUUUCAGCUUACACAUUCGUUGGGUGGUGGCACCGGUUCAGGCAUGGGCACAUUGCUUAUUUCAAAAAUUCGUGAAGAAUACCCCGAUAGAAUUAUGAAUACUUACUCAGUUGUGCCUUCACCGAAGGUUUCUGAUACAGUUGUGGAACCAUACAAUGCCACGUUGUCGGUACAUCAGUUAGUGGAAAAUACUGAUGAAACAUACUGUAUUGACAACGAAGCCCUUUAUGACAUCUGCUUUCGAACACUGAAGCUGGCAGAACCAACUUACGGUGAUCUGAAUCACCUUGUCUCCUUAACGAUGUCUGGUGUUACGACGUGUCUCAGGUUUCCAGGACAGUUGAAUGCGGACUUGCGCAAAUUAGCAGUUAAUAUGGUUCCUUUCCCACGCCUGCAUUUUUUCAUGCCUGGGUUUGCCCCACUGACGGCUCGUGGCAGUCAGCAGUAUAGAGCCCUCACUGUUCCAGAGCUUACGCAACAGAUGUUCGAUGCUAAGAACAUGAUGGCAGCUUGUGAUCCUCGCCAUGGUCGAUACUUGACUGUUGCAGCUAUCUUCAGAGGUAGAAUGUCCAUGAAAGAAGUGGAUGAGCAGAUGCUAAACAUCCAAAACAAAAACAGCAGCUACUUUGUAGAAUGGAUCCCAAAUAAUGUUAAAACUGCAGUGUGUGACAUUCCACCCCGUGGGCUCAAAAUGUCUGCUACGUUCAUUGGAAAUUCUACUGCUAUUCAGGAGCUCUUCAAGCGCAUAUCUGAGCAGUUUACUGCUAUGUUCCGCCGUAAAGCUUUCCUUCAUUGGUAUACUGGAGAGGGGAUGGAUGAAAUGGAGUUUACUGAAGCAGAGUCGAAUAUGAAUGACUUGGUGUCGGAGUACCAACAAUAUCAGGAAGCUACUGCAGAUGAAGAUGUUGAAUUUGAUGAUGAACAAGAGGAAGAAAUUGAAGAUGAAAAGUAGUGGGACAUUGUUCUAUUUUUGGCUGUACAUAAUGUAAUUAAAGCAGCUGGUGAAUUUGACAUUCCAGCUUUUGGUAAAGAAUUCUACAGAACCUUUUUAUAAUCUGCAGUUAUUUUAUGACUUUUGUAUCAAUUUAUACACUCAUCUUGUAAUACAAAUAAAUAUUUCUGUAAGAAGCUAUCUUUCUCGUGGGCAUUGUGGUUUAAUAAAGAUUAUUUCAAUCUA